AUGAAAAAGUCAGUGUGCAGUGAUUCAUAUCGCAGUGAAAGGAAGACUAGUCACGCUAGUUGCUCAAAUUCGGAUAGCAGCGAUGAGGAAGUGAUCAGAUUGCCCAAAAGAAGAAAAGUAAAUCGUAUCAUAUCAUCAGAUUCUGAUACGGAUACGGAUAAAUGCAAUCUUAGUGAUAAUGAAUAUUAUGAAGAUACUAUUGACGAGAUGUUACGAGAUUUGGUCGUGGAAGAAGAAAGCAACGUUGAUGAUACUGAGGAAGCUCCAGUUCAACAAAGUGAAUGGAGUGAAUUUAGUGGUCGGCAAAAAUCAAUUUCUUUUCAAGAAACAGGCGGUCUGAAUAAGCAAUUACCUGACGAUAUAAAUCCGUAUGAUGUGUUUACGUUGUUCGUCGAUGACGAAAUCAUAAACUUGCUGGUAUUAGAAACUAAUAGAUAUGCACAACAAAAACUAAAUGAAUCGAGGCUGACUCCAGGUUCACGAAUGCAUAAAUGGAAACCAACAAAUCCUGAAGAAAUAAAACAAUUUUUGGGAUUAUUGUUGUGGAUGGGACUUGUAAAAGUGAGCCCAAUAGCCAAUUAUUGGGCCAAAAACGAAUUGUACAAUUUCCGGCUACCGCGUCAAAUUAUCUCACGAAACAGAUUUGAACUAUUAUUGUGCAAUUUUCAUUUUGUCGAUAAUAUGUCCAUUGCCCGUGAUGAUCGGCUUGGUAAAAUACUUCCAUUUUUUAACAAAUUGGUAGGAAAGUAUCAGGAAGCUUACACGCCUGGAGAAGACAUUGUUAUCGAUGAAACGUUAAUUCCAUGGCGUGGAAGACUCAUUUUCAAGCAAUACAUUCCAAAUAAAGCGCACAAGUACGGAAUCAAGUUAUUCAAAUUAUGUUCAAGCGAAGGAUACACAUGGGCAAUGAAAAUGUAUUCUGGUAAAUCAGCGGAAG